UCAUUUUUGUGCGAGGUCUUCAAAUCCAAAAAAACAUACACAAACGCUCUCCAAGCGAGAGUACCUAACCAACUAGAAUGCCUGCUAAGAACGGCCAAAGACAUGAGGAAUGAUGUCAUGCAUGAAGUGGCGGGCUCUGCUGUGGACCCUUAUAAAUAUAAUAAAAUUUUUAAAGCCCUGCAUGACGUGAUAGAUGAAGCUGGCAAUGUGUACAGCAUCCCUGCUGAUGAAGUAACGAGUUUCAAAACCCAGAUAGAUGGGAUGUGGGAUGAAGUGCGCACAGAUAAUGAAAAAGCUAAGGCUUAUUGUCGCUUAUUGCUGCAAACUUAUGGAAACAUAGAAGCUAAAGCCAUGUGGGAAGCGAUGUUGGCUGAAGAAAUUCUUCUCUUUGGCGAUGACAAAGUUGAACGCUCGAAAGUGUUCCAUUCCCUGGAAUUGACACUACAAAAACCUAAAGAUCAAACAAAAGACAAGAUCUCCUACACUGAACUCCUCACUGCACGCAACGAUAAGUUCAUAGUAGUCAUUGGCGACUCCGGGUCUGGGAAAUCCACUUUGGCCAAGAAUUUGGUGAUCCAGCAUCAUGGUAUCUCAGAUGCUGAGGUAGAAAUGUCCGAUCUGAAGAAUCACAAUUUGUUACUUUAUUAUGAAUGCAGGAGUGUUUCUACAAAAGAAUUUACUGAUGUAGUAGAAGAAAACUUCGAGAAUGUGUGCCAAAAACUCGGCCCUAAACCUGUUAUCCAAGGAAUCAGCGAGUCUAACCCUUUGAUUCUCAUUGAUGGCUAUGAUGAAUGUCAUAAAGACUCGUAUAAGGUUGUGCAACAGAUGGUGAACAAAAUGAGGAACUAUGAGUGUCGUGUGAUCAUCACCACCAGGCCAAGUGCUGCUGAUGAGCUCAAGGACUUUCUGAAGCGAGAAGGCGUGAAGUUCCAAGAGUAUGAGAUAGCAGAAAUUUGUGAUUUAGAUGACCAACUAAGAUUUCUGGAGAAUUAUGAAAAACAUGCCCCUCCAGGUGCUGAGAAAGUUGUGAAGAGCUUCAGUUCUCUUGGACGGGACAUUCAAAAACUUUUUGUUCGUCCCAUUAAUUUGGUUCUCUUUUGUCACCUGGUAUGGAACUUUCCCGAGAAGAUAAAUGACUUGAAAUCUCAUGCUGCUGUAGCUCAAGUCACUUAUGAUCUAACAAGUUGA